AUGGCUUUGGACGACGCUCCGAACCAGGUAGAGGGGCGGUCGGACCACAAAUCCAGGAUUCACUCACCCGAUGAGUCGCUUUCCAGUCUGAUUACGCCGAAACCUGGAGUGCCUUCACUGCGAUCCCCUGAGGAAACGUCCAAGAAGAGCACUAGCUGGAACAAGAUACUGCUGGACACUUGGCUGCCCGAGAUCUUCAUUCUGGUCCUGAGUGUGGCAUGCUUGGUCACCAUCAUUGUCAUUCUCAGUGUCUAUGAUGGUACACUGUCUCGAGAACUUCCAUACGGCAUCACUUUGAACGCGAUCGUCUCCGUUCUGGCUACAGCGAGCCGCUCCGCGCUUCUUUUCCCGGUGGCGGCAUGCGUUGGCCAGCUCAAGUGGUGCUGGUAUGCCAAAAAGAGACCAUUGCACGACAUUCAGACGUUUGAUGAUGCCAGUAGAGGGCCGUGGGGA